AGGAAAACCUUAGUGCAACAGUGAUGAGUAAAUAUUUGAGGUUAUGGAUUAACUCAGGCAGCUGAGGCUAUCAUGGCGACAAGAAGACGAUACCGCCAGUCUUCCACUGCCCACAUCUGUGUCAGUUCUUUCAAAAUGUGGCGACUUGUGAGCUUUUUGGUGUUUGUGGCCUCCUGGUAUUCACUCGGUGGACAAGCCAACUCAGUGUUCUCUAGCAGUAAGAAAGCCAACCAAAUCCUGAGGAUUCAGAAGCGAGCUAAUUCGUUCCUGGAAGAGAUUAAACCUGGCAACUUGGAGCGGGAAUGCAAUGAGGAGAUGUGUGACCUGGAGGAAGUCCAGGAGAUUUUUUCAACUCGGGAAGAAACAUUAGCUUACUGGUCAAAGUAUGUGGAUGGAGACCAGUGCGAUCCCCAUCCCUGCCAUAACGGGACCUGUAUCGAUGGUAUUGGUAGUUUUCAGUGCAUCUGCACAAAAGGCUGGGAAGGACGCCUUUGUGGGCAUGAGGUAAACUACACCAACUGCUCCGUAAACAACGGCGGCUGUGUUCACUACUGCACUGAGGACCUCGAGAAUCAGCAACGCUAUUGCAGCUGUGCCCCUGGAUAUCAAGAGAGCGACAACCCUACAGAGUGUAAACCUGUUGUCAAUUUUCCAUGUGGGAAACCAAAGGUGAAAUACCCAACACCCAAUUUCGAAGAACUACGAAUUCGAAUCUCAGGGGGGAAACCAGCCAACAAAGGUGACAGCCCGUGGCAGGUGAUACUGUUGGACUCCAGGUCAAAGUUAAAGUGUGGGGGUGUCCUUAUUCAUUCUUCCUGGGUACUGACUGCAGCCCACUGUGUGGAACAUCCAAAAUACCUUAGAGUAAGACUUGGUGAAUACGACAUCCGGCGGUAUGAGAAUUCAGAGAUGGAUUUUAACAUACAGAAAGCUAUUGUGCACCCAAACUAUACCAAAAGUACCUCAGACAAUGACAUCGCACUGCUGUAUCUGGACAAGUCCGUUGUCUUCUCCAAAUACAUCCUGCCCAUCUGCCUUCCCAACUUGGGACUGGCCCAUCGAGAGCUCAUGAAGGAGGGGACAGAAACAGUGGUAACAGGCUGGGGACGUCAGUUUGAAGAGUCCAGGAACCGCACCUAUACCCUCAGGUUCAUCAAAAUCCCCCUAGCCUCUUACACUAAAUGCUCUCAAACCAUGCAGAACAGCAUCUCAGAGAACAUGCUCUGUGCAGGAAUGCUUGGUGACACCCGAGAUGCUUGUGAGGGGGACAGUGGGGGGCCCAUGGUUACCGAAUUCCGAGGUACAUGGUUCCUAGUGGGCCUGGUGAGCUGGGGAGAGGGCUGUGGGCGACCAGACAACUUUGGCAUCUACACCAAAGUCAGUCAGUAUCUUCACUGGAUACAUGCCCACAUCAAAGCAAAAGAACUGUUGUCAAAGAGUAAGUCAGCAUCUUAGUCUCUUGAAGGACUCAGUGGAGUUCAGAGCCCGAAGUGAGAUAUGGGGCCAUCCACUGGCAUUAAACAGAGUGCAAAUCUUGCCCACAUCCACCCUUAAGUGUGUCCUCGUUUUUCCCUCAGUCUGUGAUAGCUAUUAAGUACCUCUUACAGAUAGAAAGGAGAUGUCCCAUAGAAUAGAAGAUAUGGACCUACCUCUCAUCAGGGGCACUGCCAUGUAGUCAUGGCAGACAGCAUCUACCUACACAUGCAGCAUCUCCAGACAAUGCCUUUGACUUGGCUUCCUUCAAGACUCAGAUCAAAUGCCACCUGCUGCAGGG